UAAAUGUCAGCUCGAGGCCGCUAGGGAGGCCAAAGCCGCUGGGACACAGGGCUCUAUUGAGAAAGGAAAGAACAACAUAAAAAAAAAGGGAAAAAAAAAAAUAAAUGAGCCGGGCAGAAGGCCAAGCCGGGAGCGCCGAGGGACGUGCCCGGAGUGGGGAAGCGGAGCGAUUCGGGGGGCGAGCCUGCCCGAAAUGUGGGGAGCGCCGGCCGCCCCGCGGGGCCACCCCGCUCCCCCCUGCUUGCUGCAGGUGGCCUGGCUCCUGGCGCUGCACGCAGGUCUGCUGGCGGGGGUGAACAUCACCAGCCCCACACCACUGGUCCGCGGCACAGCAGGCAAAGCGGCGCUGCUGUCGGUGCGCUACGCCAGCGCCAGCGCCGACAAGCCAGUGGUCAAGUGGCAGCUGAAGCGUGACAAGCCCAUCACCGUCGUCCAGUCCAUUGGCACCGAGAUCAUUGGCAACCUGCGGCCCGACUACCGCGACCGCAUCCGGGUGCUGGAGAAUGGCUCGCUGCUCAUCAACCCCCUGCAGUUGGCUGACGAAGGUGCUUACGAGGUGGAGGUGUCCAUCACCGACGACACUUUCACUGGCGAAAAGACCAUCAACCUCACUGUGGACAUCCCCAUCUCGAAGCCGCAAGUGCUGGUGGCCUCCUCAACUGUGCUAGAACUCAGCGAGUUCUUCACCCUCAACUGCUCGCAUGAGAACGGCACCAAGCCCACCUACACCUGGCUGAAGGACGGGCGGCCACUGAGCAACGAUUCCCGCCUGCUCCUCUCUCCUGACCAGAAGAUCCUCACCAUCACUCGUGUCCUCAUGGCAGAUGACGAUGUCUACAGCUGCUUGGUGGAGAACCCCAUCAGCCAUGGCCGUAGCAUCCCCGUGAAGCUCACCGUCUACCGCCGGAGUUCCCUCUACAUCAUCCUCUCCACAGGCGGCAUCUUCCUCCUUGUCACCCUGGUGACCGUUUGUGCCUGCUGGAAACCCUCCAAGAAGUAUGGCUGGGGGGAGAAGCGACAAGCGGAGACACAACCGGCCUCCGAAUACGCUGAGCAGGACGAGGAGCGCCUGAAGCACGAGGCCGAGGGCAUCCCGCGGAGCGGCGAGCAUGAGCGCAAAAACCCGGUGGCCCUGUACAUCCUCAAGGACAAGGACUCACCGGAGGCGGAGGAGGAUUCAUCACCCGAACCCCGUGGUGCGGUUGAACCGGCCUACACCAGCUCACCCAUCCCAGCGGCCGGCCGCUCGCCAGGACCGGUGGGGCGUUCGACUCGUCGGUACCAUCGGUCGCCGGCCCGCUCACCCGCCUCCACGCGCACGCACAGGUCACCGCCAGGGUCGCCGGUGCGGUCCCGGGGAGCCCCGCGGCUGCUGCGAACUGCUGGCGUCCACGUCAUCCGGGAGCAGGAGGAGGCCAACGCCGUGGAGAUCAGCGCCUGAGCGGGGGGGGACACGUGCGCGCUGGGGGGGCGGCAAGUGAGUGGGGACGCUGGUACAGCCCCGCUCCCGCCUCUGGGCAUCAUCGUUUGGCUGGGCGUAAAGUCACUAAUUUGCUAUUGAUCCCACCCGGAGCUCCCCUCUUCCGUCCCCCCCGACUCCCUGGGGUGUCGCUUGGAUGACUUUCUCACCGGGACGUGGGUGCAGGGAGCGUGUCGGAAGCACAUGCGCUUGCUGGGAGCGUGCAAGGGGGCAUGUACAGAGCGUGCGUGGAGUGUGCAGACGGAGGGUGCACACGGAGCGUGCAGGCAAAGCAUACACUUAGUAUGCAGGGAGAGCGUGCAAGGGGGCAGGCACAGAGCAUGCAGAGACAGCGUGGAGAAAGCGUGGAGGGAGUGUGCAAGACAGUGUGCAGAGAAAGCGUGCACAGCGUGUGCAGACUGAGCGUGCAGAGAGCGCGUACGUGGAACACGCAAGAGGGCAUGCGGGGAACAUGCAGAGAAAGUGUGCACACAGUGCACAGAGAAAGCGUGUGUGGAGCGUGCAAGAGGACAUGUGGAGGGAGCUCACACAGAGGGUGCCAACGCAGCAUGCAGGGAGCGUGCAGAGAGCGUGCACAGGGAGGGUUUGCACAGAACACACAAGAGGGCAUGUGUGCACUGGAGAGUGUCCACAGCGUGUGUGGGGAAGUCACGCAGAGCAUGCACGAAGUGUGUGGAGGGAGCGUGCAUGGAGCGUGUAAGACCGAGCGUGCCCCAAGCAUACAAGAGGACAUGCACAGUGCAUGUGGGCAGAGCAUGCCAGGGGCAUGCAGAGAGAGUGUGACAAAGGGUGCAAGGCAUGCACAAAGGUGUGCAGAGAGAGCACACACAGAGCGUGCAGGAGAGAGCACGAGGAGACAACAUGCACAGUGUGUGGAGAGAGCACGCGCGGGGCGUGCGGCCAAGACCGCAGGGACUGUGUGGAGAGAGAGCACACACGGAGCACGUGCAGACAGUCUGCACAGAGUGUGCAGAGUGUGUGUGCACGGAGCAUGCAGAGAGCACAAGUGUGCAGGGAGAGUCUGUACGGAGCGUGCGUGGAGCGUGUGGAGAGCACACACUUGCAGUGUUCGCACCGAGCGUGCGGAAGAAGCAUGCACGGAGCACGUGAGAAGAGCCUGUGGGGACCGUGCAGCUGAGACCACAUGUGGAGCACGCGUGAGCACGCUGGGAGCACGCCGAGCGAGCACACCCACACCUGGGCCGUGCAGCAGCGCCGUGACCCACCCUUCCAUGGCAUGUGGACCCCCGUGCGCGGGUGCCCAGCGCUGCGCAGAGCCGGGGCACACUCACGCUCACGCUCAGCCAAGCGCCCAUGCACACAGGCGGCCUGAAUGGGGGGCUCACUCCUCCCCCCCCAGCCCAGCUCCCUGGCUGCACCAUCCCCUAAACAUGGGCUCCAGCCCCCGGCCCAAGCGCUAGCCCUCUGCUGUGCCUGGAUUUUCUGGGAAAAUCCCUGGUUUUGGGGCGCGCACCCGUCUCCUCUCCCCCAGGCCUUCCCGGGAAAUAGGUUUAGGAUGAAAACCGGAGAGCCGGGCCCCGGGGCACCAGGGUGGGUGCCGGGGCACCCCGGGGCACGCUACUAACCAAUAAACUAAACAUGCUACCCGG